CGCGCGUCGGGCUGGUGAACCCGGCCGCUUGGGACCGGGAGGACGGCUUGUUCCGCCCCUGCUCUGUUGGAACUGGAUGAAGAAAAAGAAUGGAUAUGGGUAACCAACAUCCCGCCAUUAAAAGGUUACAAGAAAUACAGAAGGAAGUCAAAGAGUUUGAACCGCAAGUAGCAGCCUUCAGUGGUCUGUCUGGGGACAGAGCUUACAAGAAACUAGAGAGGUCUUUGACCAAGCAACUUUUUGAAAUAGAUUCGGUGGACACAGAAGGCCGAGGGGACGUUCAGCAAGCCAGAAAGCGAGCCGCCCAGGAAAUUGAGAGGCUGCUUAGAGAACUGGAGCAGAAUGCAAAUCACCCCCAGAGGCUGGAGCUGGAGUCCAUAUUUAAAGAAGCACAAACCCUGGUGGAGCACGAGAUCACAGGUUUUUACAAAGGAGGCAAUUGCAUCACUGAGGAAUUUGACGAGGGCAUUCAGGAUAUCAUCUUUAGGCUCACUCAGGUGAAAACUGGAGGGAAACCCUCUCUACGGAAAGCCAGGUACCGCACUCUGACCAAAGUCUGUGCUGUUCAAGAAAUCAUAGAUAACUGUGCGAAGCAGCAGCCGUCAUUGCCGCUGUCCAGCGAUGCACAUCCUUCGGUCGCUAAGAUUAACUCUGUCAUGUGUGAUGUCAACAAAGCAAAAGGGACUCUGAUUGCUGUUCUGAUGGGAGUGAGCAGCAAUGAGACCUGCAGGCAUCUGUCUUGCGUGCUGAUAGGCCUGAUCGCUGAUCUAGAUGCCUUAGACGUCUGUGGCCACCCGGAAAUAAGGAACUAUCGCAAAGAAGUUGUGGAAGAGAUAAACAAGUUGCAGAGGUACCUAGAUCUGGACGAAGAAGCCGAUUCCGCUUACGCCUACGAUCUGGCGCAAAACAGGUGCAUCGUAAAGAUCGAGGAGAUCCGCAAGAAGAUGAAAGAGAUAAAUUCCUCGCUUUUGAAAGGAGAGCGAGCUGCGGACUUGUACUUGAAGUCCAAGGCAGAGCUGCAGGGGCUGAUCGCCCAACUGGACGAAGUGAGCCCGGGCAAAAACCCCUGCAUCCGGGAAGCCAGGAGACGAGCGGUGAUUGAAGUGCAGACCCUCAUCACGUACAUUGACCUGAAAGAAGCCCUGGUCCGGCGACAGGUGUUUGUGCAGCAGGCGGAAGUGGAGCCUCCGUCGCACAGGGCCGUUUGGAACAUUCUUGAGGCCCUCUCCCAGAUUCUCCAGGAGGUGCUGUCCUUUGACGGGAACAGGACGGACAAGAACUACAUGAGGCUGGAAGAGUUGCUCACGAAACAGCUCCUGUCCCUUGAUGCUAUAGACCCCCAAGGAGACGAGCGCUCCAAAGCGGCCAGGAAGCAGGCAGUGAAGCUGGCACAGAAUAUUCUGUACUACCUAGACAUGAAAACGGACGAAUGGGAGUACUAAAAUAGCUGCGAUCUCGUGCUUGAUGUUGCCGCCUUUUUUUGUUUGCACUUCAUGCCAGCCGAUCUCUCAACAGAGUCCAGAGUUACGUGGUUUGCUUUUGUCCUUGUGGCUGAGGAAGUGUCGGAUUGGGCUUAUGCAGCAGUCGUGUCUCUCGCUGUCCCAGCCAGGCAACGGCAGCAGUCCGCAUGCUAUCUGUGUUAUGAUUUUGGUCACAGCUAUCUCUCUUUAUCUCCCCUGGGUUCUCUCGCUCUUAUCUUCUGUCACGAAGAGGGGCCACACUUGCUGUGCUCUGGUAGUUAGCCAAAACCAGCCUUCCACACAAUGAGAGAAUGCAGCUUGUCUGAAGUGUUUUCUUAUCAUUCCGUCAAGGUGACAAAGAAGACACCAGGAGCUAACUUCGUUAGCUGUAAGCCAGCGUAGACCAUGCGGUUGGUUUGAUGGAAUGCGGGGGAUGCUUCAAAUGUGCUGUUGCGAUCCAGAGGAUUAAAUGCAAAUUACUCAUGGCUUAUUCCCACCCACCAUGUGUUUUAGUUUAAUCUUGCUCAUCUCUCCCCAAAUGGUUCCAAGGUGUUUUCCAAAGGGCUGUAGAACUGCAUGGUACUAACAAUGGUGUGGGGAGAUGAGCGGCAGCCUGCAGGCCCCAUACCCUGAAAUAGUCCACCGGGUUAUAGUUCAGGGUUUGUGCGUAACGCUAAUUUCAGGUUGGUCGUUCAGAAAGGAGUCCUCCUCUAUAACCCAGGGACGACGGAAUUGUGAUACUUCAAAAAUGGAAUGUCAUCGCUUAGAAUGGGAGGGGGGAAUUGCUACCACUGAAGGAUUGGGCUGGAUUCUUCAGUGGCCAAGAGCCUCCAAAACUGAAGAUUCUGUUGGCUGUAGAGCUAUUGCAGUUUUCGCUUUGGCGUGUGAAAUCACUUGCUAUUUGGUACCUUGUCCCUUUGACAGUAUCUCUCCCCCCCCCCAAUCAGAUAACUGUAGUUUCUGACAGUAGGAACUUCUGCAAGUGCUUCCAUACCCUGACUUCCAAACCCAUUGGUGUUGGGUAAAGGUCUCGCAGUGUUGCUCAUAGGUUCCAAAUCCUCCUCAGCUUAAAAAUUCUCUUUUAAUCGAAGUAUUGCUGUCUGUUGUGUUACCA